AUGGACACGUACGUGUUCUAUCAUAAGCUAGCCGGCUUCUCACUUGCUGUUUCUUCCAUAGCUAUCAUAUCUCUCUUGUUCUCUAUUCCAACAUUGUACGACAGAGCUGACUUCCAACAAAGGGACAUUGAACUUCUCUCUGCCAACUAUAAGGUAUCAUCGAACUCCCUAUGGAGGCAAAUCAUAUCAACCAAGGGUAAUAUGCAAACCAAAGGAAUGUUGAUGUUUUCACGUAGACGACGUGAUAAUCCAUUGGAGUAUGGUUAUUGCAAAGGAUGCUUCCAACUUGCUUGUCCAAUGGGAAUGCCUGGACCACAAGGUCUUCCUGGAAGCGAUGGUAUUCCAGGAGAACCAGGUCGACCUGGAAGAGCUGGAGAUGAUGGUUAUGACAUACAAUUAGAGGCUGAACAAGAGCUUCCAUGCGUUAUAUGUCCCGCUGGACCACCAGGUCAAAGAGGAGCUCAAGGAGAACGUGGAAUGCAAGGAUAUCCAGGCAUGCCGGGACACCUCGGCCCAGACGGAACUAUGGGAUUAGAUGGACCUCAUGGUCACCCAGGACUGCAUGGAGAAGUUGGUGAAAAGGGUCCACUAGGAAGCAAAGGACAAGAAGGAGACACUGUGAUUGCUGGAGUAGGAGUUAAAGGCCCUCUAGGACCACCAGGUCCUCAAGGAAUGAAAGGACGUCCAGGCCCAGCUGGUAAAAACUCGAACAGUCCAGGAAAUCCAGGACCAACUGGACCAACUGGAGCACUUGGACCAUUAGGCAAAUCAGGCCAUCCUGGUCAAGAAGGAAGCUUCGGACCACCUGGUGAUCCAGGAAUGCCAUCAAGCUAUUGUCCAUCCGACUGUGGUGUCCAGAACAUUCUUAGCGAUAUGUUUACCGCUCCAAGCCAUAACACCUAUUCAGCUGGUGCUCCAAGCACAAAGUCUUACUCAGCAAGCGCUCCAGGUCCUUCCUAUUCUGCUCCAGCUCCAACCUCUGCCAGUAAUGCCUAUGCUCCUCCAACCGGAGCAGCAGUACCAGUAUUCCCAGAGAUAACAACACCCCAGCCUGCUGAAGCUUCAACUUUCGAUUUCAACCAAUUCCCUCAGUCCUCAGAUGUCUACAAUGCUCAUGAGAAAUUGCACGAUUUCGCCAAAUUCGAAAGAAGAAUGAGAAAGAAAAUGCUUCGUAAGAUGCUCCGAUUGCAGAAACAUUGA